AUGACAAUUCUCAGAGUGAAAGCCUUCCUCUCCCGCCUCACCACACCCAGAACCCAAACGGCAGCAUACGAAAGCCUCAAUGUCAAUGAGCAAGAUGUCGAGCCAAAGGACUCAAUGGCAGAGGCCACACGUGGACUCAGGCGACCCCCAACUCAGUUCCGGCAAACCAUGAGCCGUAUCUACCAGCGGCUUGCCGAGCCUGACGACCGACCAACGCGGCUGCUAGGACUGAACAUCGUCCUGCUCUGUAUAUCGGGGGUCCUAUUCUGGAGCUCCCUAAACAGCACAGACGGCCUCUCACUCCGAGAGCAGAUUUCAAUGCCCUGCAAGUCCAUCCCCACAUCCUAUACAGAACAAGACCGGAGGGGAGAGUCUAACGCCCAUCCAACAGCCCCAGUCCUCUCCUCGCAACCCCCGCAAUUCCGCACCAACCGAGUCGACGGCACGCUCUUCCCCGGCCCCAACCCCAACAUCUUCCGUCAAGAACCCAGCCCCGAGGUCGACCACGCCUGGCACCUCAUCUCCGACACCCGACCGAUCCCCCUAACACGCGAGGACGUCCUCGCCAUCGGCAAAGACCCCUCAGCCGCCGUGAAACUGCCCCACGCCGUCUUCGGGCUCGGCGACGACAUCUACGCCGGCCGCCUCGACGUCCUGCACCAGCUUCACUGCCUGAACGCCCUGCGCCAGGAAAGCUACUUCGAGUACUACUACGGGCAUAAAUAUGCCAGCCCGGCGGAGGCGCGCAACGACACGCUGCACGCGUACCACCUCAGCCACUGCGUCUACAUGCUCCUGCAGAACAUCCUGUGCCAUGCGAACACGGACGUGUACACGCAUCUGUGGACAGAUGGCGUGGGCCAUCCGUGGCCGGAUUUCGGGAUCGAGCACCGCUGUGUGGAUUUCGGGGCUAUCUUGGAGUAUCAGAUGAGGGAGGGGGUGGAUGAGAGGGCGUUUGUGGAGACGAGGGCUGCGCCGGGGGAUCGGGUGCAUCGGAUGAGUAGUUUCUUUAAGAAGGUGGUUGAUCCCGAGAGGUUUGGGGCGCUUGGGGAUGAUGUGGAGGAUGGAGAGUAUGCUUGA